GGAGAGGCAGGAAGACGGGACCAUGUCGAAGGGCCCCGGGCCCGCGGCUUCCUCGGCCGCUACCGCCCAGGUGCUGCAGGCGCAGCCCGAGAAACCGCAGCACUACACGUACCUGAAGGAGUUCCGCACGGAGCAGUGCCCGCUGUUUGUGCAGCAUAAAUGCGCCCAGCACCGGCCAUACAGCUGCUUCCACUGGCACUUUGUGAACCAGCGCCGCCGCCGCUCCGUCCGCCGCCGCGACGGGGCCUUCAACUACAGCCCCGACAUCUACUGCACCAAGUACGACGAGACCACUGGCCUCUGCCCGGAGGGAGAUGAGUGCCCGUUCCUGCACAGAACCACAGGGGACACAGAGAGGCGCUACCACCUGCGCUACUACAAAACCGGCAUCUGCAUCCACGAGACGGACUCGAAGGGGCACUGCGCCAAGAACGGGCCCCACUGUGCCUUCGCCCACGGCCCCCACGACCUCCGCUCCCCCGUCUAUGACAUCAGGGAGCUGCAGGCCAUGGAGGCCCUUCAGAAUGGCCAGGCGGUGGCAGAGGCAGCUGGCGAGGGGCAGUCGGCCCUGGCCGCUAGUCACAUCAUGAUUGAGAAGAUCCUGAGUGAGGAACCCCGCUGGCAGGACACCGCCUACGUACUGGGCAACUACAAGACAGAGCUGUGCAAGAAGCCCCCCCGGCUGUGUCGCCAGGGCUACGCCUGCCCCUACUACCACAGCAGCAAGGAUCGGCGCCGCAGCCCCCGCAAGCACAAAUACAGGUCCUCGCCGUGCCCCGGGGUGAAGCACGGAGAUGAGUGGGGCGAUCCCAGCAAGUGCGAGCACGGGGACGCCUGCCAGCACUGCCACACCCGCACCGAGCAGCAGUUCCACCCCGAGAUUUACAAGUCGACCAAGUGCAAUGACAUGCAGCAGUCGGGCAGCUGCCCACGAGGACCCUUCUGUGCCUUCGCCCACGUGGACCAGCCCCCGCCGGGGGACGACCUGCCGCCGCCCUCGGCCGUACCCAGCCCAACCCAGGCCGGCCCCGUGCUGUUUGUGCCAUCUGCGGCCGGAGACUCAGUCCCCGCCAGCCCCUCCAGCCCCCACGCCCCGGACCUCAGCAGUGCCAAGUUGAAACCGCACCCCCUGGAACCCAGGAGCCAAGACCAGCCUCCGCGGCAGCCCCAACAGGAGCUGUUGGGCCUUCUCCCCGGGGCCAGCCCCCUCACCUCCGGCAUCUCUUCUAGUCUCACCUCCAGCCUGGCAGCCACGCCCCCCAGCCCCAUGGGCACCAGCAGCGCCCCCGGCAUGAACGCCAACGCCCUGCCCUUCUACCCCACCAGCGACACGGUCGAGUCUGUCAUAGAGUCGGCCCUGGAUGACCUGGACCUCACCGAGUUCGGGGUGGCCGCCCUGGAGAAGACGUUCGACAGUGGCCCCGUGCCCCCGGCGGGCGGCGGCAUCGUGAUCGGCGGGAGUCUAUUGCAGAGCUCGGCUCCGGUCAACAUCCCCCGCUCCCUGGGCAGCUCCGCCUCCUUCCACUCGGCCUCCCCCUCCCCGCCGCUCAGCCUGUCCUCCCACUUUCUGCAGCAGCCCCAGUCCGAAAGCCCCUUCCUGGGGGCCUCUGCGCCCCACGGCUCUCUGGGCUUAAAUGGGAUGAGCAGCAGCAUCUGGGAGCACUUCCCUUCGGGAAGCUUCUCGCCCGGCACGUCCCCUGCUCUGCCGUCGAGCCUGGGGGCCGCCGAGCUGGCCCGCCUCCGCCAGGAGCUGGAAGAAGCCAACGGCACCAUCAAGCAGUGGGAGGAGUCGUGGAAACAGGCCAAGCAGGCCUGCGACGCCUGGAAGAAGGAGGCCGAGGAGGCCAGCGAGCGCGCCAGUGCUGCGGGCGUCGAGUGCGAGGUGGCGCGGGGGCAGCGGGAUGCCCUGGAGCAGCAGGUGAGGAAGCUGCAGGGGGACUUGGAGCGGCUGCACAGCGGGCGGGAACCCCCGGACUCCGCGGACCCCCCGGCCCCGCCGCGCUCCUUCUCUGACCUGGAGGCCCUGCCCCUGGCCACCCUGUACGGCCUCCAGCAGCAGCUGCGCUCCAACCUGGACAAGGUGGACAAGGCCGUGUUCCAGCUGCGCUCGCAGACCUGCCUCAAGUGUCAAGAGCAGAAGCGGGUAGUGCUGCCCUGCCAACACGCGGUGCUGUGCGAACCGUGCGCCCAGGAGGCCGACUGCCCCGUCUGCCGCUCCCCGCGCCCACAGCCCCCGCCCUCCUGACGCUGCCCGCCAACCCCACCCAUCCGCCGCGGAGCUGCUUCAAGUAGAUAUCCGUGUACAUGUGUGUCCGUGUGUGUGUGCG